AUGUCCAAGAGAACGAGCGCUGGCAAUGGAGCCGUCUCCAAGCAGGCUGGCGAGGUCGCAACCGAACUUUCCCACGAUAGACAGAAGGAUCUUCUGAGCUCUGCUACCGGCCACUUUUCGCUCGUCAGAGCUCUGCACAUGGCCGAUUACAUCACAGAGAUGAAUGGUUUCUGCGGUGUCAUGUCCGUCUUCUCCUCCCUCCGCUACUGUCUCGGUGACCCGACCGACAAGCACAAUCUCUACCUCGCCUUGGCAUUCUUGCCCUUUGGAUUGUUCUUUGACUUCAUGGACGGGCGCGUUGCAAGAUGGCGCAAGAAGAGCAGCAUGAUGGGACAGGAGCUUGAUUCCCUUGCUGACCUGAUCUCCUUCGGCCUUGCCCCGGCCUGUGUCGCUUUCUCGCUCGGCCUGCGCACGACGCUGGACCACGUCUUCCUGGCCUUCUUUGUGCUCUGCGGACUGACCCGUCUCGCCCGCUUCAACGUGACCGUGGCCAAUAUCCCGCACGACGCAUCCGGCAAAUCGAACUACUUUGAGGGUACCCCCAUCCCCACCACACUGGGCCUCGACGCGAUGAUGGCGUACUGGGUGUCGCAAGACUGGAUCUUGGAUCAGGUGCCAUUCGGUGUGUGGUUCCAGGGCACCGCUUUCGAGGUGCACCCCAUCGUCGCACUGUUCGUCGUACACGGCAGCCUGAUGAUCUCCAAGACUCUUCAUGUGCCCAAGCCCUAA